GUAUUACCGGGGCAUUUACUUCCCGCCAACUGUCAAAAACCCUAGCCACCCCACCCCCAAAUUCUUUAUAAACCCUAAUUAAAAAUCCCCAAAUUCCCACCACUUUCAGAACUCCAUAAUUAAAAUAAAUGGAUCCCAAAUCAACCCCAGUGCUAAUCCUUGAUUAUGGAUCCCAAUACACACACUUAAUCACGCGCAGAAUCCGAUCUUUAUCAAUCUUUACACUCUGCAUUUCAGGCACAUCUUCCCUCAAAUCAAUCACUGACUUAGCCCCAUCUGUAAUCAUCCUUUCUGGUGGCCCUCAUUCAGUCCACGCGCCUCACGCGCCUUCUUUUCCUGAUGGGUUUCUUGAAUAUGUUGAUAAAAAUGGCAUCUUUGUGCUGGGUAUAUGUUAUGGGCUGCAGUUGAUUGUGCAGAAGUUGGGUGGGCUAGUUGGUGUUGGUGAGAAACAAGAGUAUGGAAAGAUGGUUAUUGAAGUUGUCAAAGAUUUUGGUGGGUUGUUUCAUGGGAAGAAUGUUGGGGAUAAGCAGGUUGUUUGGAUGAGCCAUGGCGAUGAAGCGGUUAAGUUGCCGGCUGGGUUCGAAGUCGUGGCGAAAAGCGAACAGGGUGGGAUUGCAGCUGUGGCGAAUCCGGAGAGACGGUUUUAUGGGCUGCAGUAUCAUCCUGAGGUGACACAUUCACAGGAGGGAAUGGAAUUGUUGCGCCAUUUUCUUGUUGAUAUUUGCGGUGUCCCCACUAAUUGGAAGAUGGAAACUCUAAUGGAGGAUGAAAUAGAAGUGAUCAAAAGUAUGGUUGGCCCUGAUGAUCAUGUUAUAUGUGCAUUAUCUGGAGGUGUAGACUCAACUGUUGCAGCCACUCUAGUUCACAAGGCCAUUGGCGAUAGGCUGCAUUGUAUUUUUGUCGACAAUGGGUUGUUACGAUACAAGGAGCAAGAACGCGUAAUGGGAACCUUCGAAAGAGAUCUUCAUCUGCCUGUUACUUGUGUUGAUGCCUCGGUGCAAUUUCUUGGGGAAUUGAAAGGUGUUACAGAUCCCGAGAAGAAGAGGAAAAUAAUUGGGAAGGAGUUUAUAUCAAUUUUUGAUGCAUUUGCUCAUGAUUUAGAGAAAAAGUUGGGAACGAAACCUACUUAUCUGGUUCAAGGAACUCUGUAUCCAGAUGUAAUUGAAUCUUGCCCACCACCCGGAAGUGGAAGGACCCACUCUCACACAAUCAAGAGCCAUCAUAAUGUUGGCGGACUUCCUAAAGAUAUGAAGUUGAAGCUCAUUGAACCACUCAAGCUUCUAUUCAAAGAUGAGGUUCGUGAACUUGGGAGGAUUUUGGAUGUUCCUGUAGGGUUCUUGAAGCGGCAUCCGUUUCCUGGGCCAGGACUUGCCGUGAGAAUUCCAGGUGAUGUCACCCAAGGAAAUGCAUUGGAUAUCCUCCGCCAGGUAGAUGAGAUAUAUAUUCAAGCAAUUAAGGAUGCUGGGAUUUAUGAUGAAAUAUGGCAGGCUUUUGCUGUGUUUUUACCCAUAAAAACUACUGGUGUUCAAGGUGAUCAGAGGACUCAUUCUAAUGCCGUUGCACUUAGAGCUGUCACAAGUAAAGACGGCAUGACUGCUGACUGGUACUAUUUUGAGCACAAGUUUCUGGACGACGUAUCAAGAAAAAUCUGCAAUAGUGUUCGUGGGGUGAACCGAGUUUGUCUAGACAUUACAUCCAAACCUCCAUCUACUAUCGAAUGGGAAUGAUAUGGUUGACCCUAAAAUGAGUCAACCUCAUAGCAAAUUAAGUGAAUUUAGCAAGGUUUAUGCAUAAUGACAAUAUGUUGGUGCAGGUAAGGAAUUUUGUAGAUUGGGAAAUGUUGAACAUUCUAUAUUUUGUUUUACAAAUUAUGACCUUUCUUUC